AUGAAGCUCUUCACCGACAUUAUCUCCAACGAUGAGAUGUGCUCCGACGGAUACGAGAUGAAGCUCGUCGAAGAUGUCGUUUACGAGGUCGAUGCUGCCAAGAUUGUCGUUUCGGAUGGCGAUGUCGACAUUGGCGCCAACCCUUCCGCCGAGGAAGCCGCUGAGGCUCUCGAGAACGGUGCCGAGCAGGUGAUCAACAUUGUGCACUCGUUCCGUCUUCAGUCGACCCAGUUCGACAAGAAGUCUUACCUGGCCUACCUUAAGGGCUACAUGAAGUCGGUCAAGGCCAAGCUUGCCGAGUCGAACCCCGACCGUGUACCGGCAUUCGAGAAGGGCGCUGCCGCCUUUGCCAAGAAGAUCGUCGGCUCGUUCAACGACUGGGAGUUCUUCACCGGCGAGUCCAUGGACCCCGAGGGUAUGGUCGCUCUCCUCAACUACCGCGAGGACGGCGUUACCCCCUACCUCGUCUUCUGGAAGGACGGCUUGCGCGAGACCAAGAUCUAA